UUCAUCUAAUAGGCUUUCACCCUUUCCUAUGGGCGGUGCGUUACUUGUACCAUUAACUCCAUCCUACACAAAGCAGCAGCGUUUCUCUUCCUCCCUCCCCGUCCCCCUCCCAGCUCUCUGCCUGCAGCCGCUCUGACCUGUGCCGCCGCCUGAUUCAUCUGUAGACACCGCUGCACCCCCACAGGAGCAAAGUUACCGCUGGGUUGAUCACGAUGAACGUAGAUCAUGAAGUUGGCCUUUUGGUGGAAGAAAUUCGUCGUCUCGGGGAAAUAGGUAGCGAAGGAAAAAUGACUGUUAAGUUUGGGGUGCUAUUCAAUGAUGACAAAUGUGCUAAUCUAUUUGAAGCUUUAGUUGGAACCCUGAAAGCUGCCAAAAAGAGGAAGAUCAUAGCAUAUGAUGGGGAAAUGCUUUUACAAGGUGUAAAUGACAACACCGACAUUGUGUUGCUUAAGGAUUAAUGAUGUGUUUAUGUUGUAUGUUCUUCUCUGGAGUCUUCACAUGACAAAAAUAUGUGCACAGCCAUAACCGAAAACCUAUUUUUAUACAGAGACUUUUGCAAUAGCUUCUUUUUUUUUUUCUAAGCAAUUUGUUUUGGGAAAAUGCAUAUUUUUUUUUUUUUUUUGUAACCUAAAAUGUCCAAAACUGCAAUAAAGUCUACCCAAGACUAA